AUGCCUAUGCUGACCGCAUCCUCCACCGAUCUGAACAUCGAAGCCGAUGCGACAACCCCUUCUACCAAGAGACCACGACCGAAUGACCUUGAUGACUUGGAUCAAACGCCAAGGUUAUGGGGCAAGACGUGGUCAGACUCGGGCAGAAUGCUCGAAAUGGAAGGCGUCCAUUGGGCGGUAUGCGAUCUCGAGGAAGGUCUAGAGACGGUCGAAGAUGAUCGGUUUCUCACCGAUAUGAUCCGAAGCUGCCGAGCCGUUGUUGCCGCUCAGCAGCUCCUGCUCGCCGGCCAUGGCGCCCUACUGGAGCGCAUCACGCCCAUCACCGCCAAGUAUGACUCGGACGGGAUUGACAUCUUCUUCCUCAACCACCGGCCCAAGAGCCUCCUGUCGGGGAUGAGCUUCCGCCGAUCGGGAUACCGCAAUAUCGGCGCCUUCGGCACACACGACUCGACCGACACCAAGGAUACCAGCACGGUGAAUGGCAUCUUCAACCGGCGGGGCACUUCGACGACGACAUCAAGCCGCCCUGGUCAGCGUCGCCAAGAUGCUCGACGAGAUGGACGUGCCCGAGCACCAGGUCGCCGUGCAGCUCUUCCAGAUCGGCCAGCCGAGCCCCGAGGUGCAGCGCACGUUCAAGUAUCUGGACGACGAGCUGCACAAGGAGGCGCAGACGCGGACAUCGUCGACACGACGACCUGGUCCGGGCAGCCCGGGUCGCUGUCGACGGAUGACCUGCUCAAGGUGGUCCUCGGGGCCGUGGUCAAGAAGCUGGACGAGAGGAAGACGGCGCUGAACCUGGACACCUCGGCCCUGGCGAGGCGGUUUGACGGGCGCAGGGGGGACUUAAGCAUUCCGAACAGUUCUGAAUGCAUUAUCGGUUUCACAACCCCACUCGCCUGGUUAUCGCGGUUCACUGGCCUUGUUUCUUACUUUGCCCCCGAAGCUGACUUUGAGCCCAAUCCCUGCGCCCUCUUCGCCAAAGAGUUCGCGCGGUACACCCGAUCGCGAAACCUGGCCUACGGAUCGCGUGAGUGGCGCGUGCAGCGCACGCGCGCCAUCGACCGGGAGCUCGUGUUCCACUAUUUCUCACGGGGCGGGGAGGAGGAGGUGCCUUGUGACGUCGACGAGGGCGGCGGCGAGGAGGAGGCGGUCGACGACGAGCUGCGACUGCUGCAGGGCUACCAGGACAUGAUGAGGGCGUCGGGCGCGCAGCCGGAACCGACGGCAGAGGCGUGCUGGAGCGCCCUGGUCUUCUUGCCGGCUGACAUCAUCGGCAUAAUCGACUUCCGCCGUACAGGCCGGACCGCGCGUGCCUCGGUCUCGGUCGGCGAAAGCGUCAAGAUCUUCCACAGGGAGGCCAGGGUCGAGAGCGGCAUCCUGGCGUCGCUGCAUCCGGACUGUGGCGGGGUGGUGCACUACCACUUUCGCUUCGGAAAGGGGCUGCGCGUUAACCCCCCGUGGUGGAACGGGGAGUGCAGGGCGGCCCGGGCGGCUCGCAACCGCGCUCGUCGGUCUGGGUCUCGGUGCCAGGAGGAGGAGCACGCGUUCAAAGCCGCAGUCAGGAGGGCUAAGCGGGCGUUUAAUGAAGAGUAUGGUGAAACAUUCAAAGUGAACUGA